AAUUGCGGUUAUACAAUGGAGGCUUUUAUUGUGAAACUCCAGCAGUCCGCGUCUUGUUUACAUGUGCAGCUCCUCCGGUUCCUCAAACCCAGGAUCGUCCUCCAGACUCCGACGCCGACUAUGAGCGCUGUCCCUCGGCCUGUGUGCGCGCUGAUCCUCGGCCUCUGCCUGGCCUCGCUCUCCGCGGGGCUGCGGAUCCCGCCUCACGACCAGGUGGCCCGGGUCGCCCGCUUCGUCGCGCACCAGUGCGACUGGGCCUCCAUGGCGACCAUCUCCAGCCACCGGCCGGUGGCGGGGCAGCCGUUCUCCAACGUGUUCUCGGUGAGCGACGGGCCCCCGGGCUCCAGCUCCGGGGUUCCCUUCAUGUACCUGACCCGCAUGGAGAUCUCCGUGCAGGACCUGCAGGUGAACCCCCAGGCGUCUCUGUCCAUGUCUCUGGCUCAGACCGACUACUGCAGACAGGAGGGCUUCGACCCGCAGAGUCCUCUCUGCGCCCACAUCAUCUUGUCUGGAUCUGUGCUCCAGGUGAACGGCACCGAGGCCCAGUUUGCGAAGAAGGCUCUGUUCAGUCGACACCCGGAGAUGAUUGACUGGCCCACGGACCACAACUGGUUCUUCGCCAAGUUCAACAUCACGCAGGUGUGGGUGUUGGAUUAUUUCGGGGGCGUGAAGACCGUGACCCCGGAGGAAUAUUUCCAGGCGCCGCCGUACAGGAAGCACCUCUGACGGAAUGGAACCAGAGACCUGCUGUAGGUCAUCGGUUUGAAUCCCGUUCCUGCCAUGAAUUUAUUCUUCACUUAAGUUUAACCAGUUUAAUUAAUAGUUUAAGUUGAUUAUAAGUAAAUUAUAUACAUUUAUUAAAUUAAUUUAAUCAAA